AUGCGUAUAAUAGCCAGGCGAGCUGCGAUAAGCAUUGGCUCUCCAGUCCUCAGCUCUCUGUGCACCGGCAGACUCACCGGCAACCGUAGGCUCUCCACGAUGGCCGAUCACACUUCUGAACAAGUGGUAUUCAACAAGCCAAAGGUUGAGCUUCACGUGCACCUCGAUGGAGCCAUCAGGGUGCAGACCAUUCUCGACGUUGCCAAGAGGCGCGGCAUCUUUCUGCCAGCAGAUACUGUGGAGGACAUGAAACCGUAUAUUAUUCUAGAACAGCCUGCCACCCUCACCAAGUUCCUGGGAAAGUUUGCUGAAUACAUGCAUGUGGUUGCUGGAGACAGAGAGGCCAUAAAGAGGAUAGCCUAUGAGUUUGUUGAGGACAAAGCAAAGGAAGGAGUGAUUUACGUGGAGGUCAGAUACAGCCCUCAUUUUCUGGCUAACACGAAAGUGGAUCCCAUACCAUGGAACCAGAAAGAAGGUGACCUGAGCCCAGAUGAGGUGGUGCACUUGGUUAACGAGGGCCUCAGGGAGGGGGAGAGGGCCUUCAGUAUCAAAGCCAGGUCCAUUCUAUGCUGCAUGCGCCACAUGCCAAGCUGGUCCAUGGACGUGGUCGAGCUGUGUAAGAAAUAUCGCAGCGAGGGUGUGGUCGCCAUUGAUCUGGCAGGUGAUGAGUCACUCAAAUGUGAAGCCAAUCCAGAACACAUAAGGGCCUAUGAGGAGGCAGUGCGUUGUGGGAUCCACAGGACGGUUCAUGCCGGAGAGGUGGGCCCGGCGUCUGUGGUGAAGGAGGCUGUGGAGGUGCUGAAAGCCGAACGUGUUGGACAUGGUUACAGAACCCUGGAAGACCAAGUCCUGUACAAAAAUCUGCUGGCUCAAAACAUGCACUUUGAGGUGUGUCCUGUUUCCAGUAAGCUGACAGGAGCCUGCGACCCGGACUUCACCAAGCAUCCUGUCAUCACGUUCAGGAAGGACAAGGCCAACUACUCCCUGAACACAGAUGACCCUCUGAUCUUCAACUCAACCCUGCACCUCGACUACAGCACCGCACACAAGUACAUGGGAUUCACAGAGGAGGAAUUCAAACGACUGAACAUCAAGUCUGCAGAGUCGAGCUUCCUGCCUGAGGAGGAGAAGAAAGAGCUAGUCUAUAAAUUGCGUGAGGCCUAUGGGAUGAUACAGAGCACUGCCUUUUAAACAUUGUUGAGGAAAUCUGAGGAGAAAUGUGACCUAACCCAGGGACAAAUCGCUCUGAACCCUUAAUCCCUCCACUGGAUACAGGGAAUGUAUCCAGACAUAAAACUUAUAGUAUAAUAUAUCACAUAUGUUGUUUAUCAUAAAGCUGCUCCCUUCACCUCAUAUAUCUGUACAUCAUCCGCGUUAGGGCUUAUAUUUUGCCAGUAUUCCAUCUAAAUACUUACAUACCUUUAAUACUUUAGUUUACAGCACAGUUUUGGGAGAUGUCGUGGUGCUCUGCAAGGUGCAAGGAAGUGUUUUUUUGUUAAUAUAGCAAAUUUUUUUUUUAUAUCAAAACUCUGGAUACACUUUUCAUCUUGUGUUUACAUCCUGUCGUCAUAAAGAGAAUCAGGGAACCUUCAGGUAUCAUUCAUCUCUGUCAUAGCUGAAACUUUAUGUUAUAGUACGCUAGACAUUUGUGGUAAAGAGUGAGAGCAAGUGAUAAAGGAUAAAUGAAAGCAGUGCUGACUGUGAACUUACUACUUAUGGGAAAAAUUUGGUUUACUGUGAACAUUCAUCGUUUGGUUUAAGGGUGAAAUGAGGAAAUCCGGUUUUACAAACAUAAGUGCUUUUUGCCCACCACAUGCAAAACUACAGGACUCAUCAGGUACAAACAGCGCAAAACCAAAAGUCUAGUCUUACAUUUCAACACUAGGUGGCACACUGUUGUCGCCUUGCUGGACAAACCACUGGUGACUUAAUGUGGUUGUGCACUUCACAAUUACUCUCUCAAUUAUUUUGAUGUAUAUAUUUAUUUAAAAUACUUUUUUCAUGUCUCUAAAUGAAAAAGCAGUUCCAUUUGUAAGAGUCACAGCUCGCACUUGUGAAAAAUAUAUUUGACCAUAAUAAAAGCUACUAUGGAAUGUU